AUAAAGUGCUUGCAUUCAUACUCACUGUAUUUAUUUGAAAACUUGCAAAGUGUACUACAAUUUAUUUUUAACAUAUUCUGUGAUGUUUGGCGAAAAAAUGAUUUUGUCCGCAAUAUUUAGUUUAUCCGCUCUUUGUAUUUCUUAUUUUUAUUUGACCCGAAACUACAACUAUUGGCGUAAGCGUGGAAUACGCGGACCAAAACCGGUGCUACUUUUGGGCACAUUAUGGCAGAUAUUCAAGAAACCAAUCGUAGAAGUGAUGAUGGACAAUCGUAAAAAGUAUGGCAACAUUUACGGCGGUUUUAUGACUACUCGACCCAAUAUAAUGAUCGGCGAUCCGGAGCUCAUCAAAGCGAUGAAUAUCACAGACUUUCAUCACUUCACAGAUCACACGGACAUGAAAUCUGGCGAUCCGUUGAACGACAGGUCGUUGUUUAAUCUGAUGGGCAAUGAGUGGAAACCAAUGCGAUCUGUGAUUAGUCCCACAUUUUCAUCGGGAAAAAUGCGAGCAAUGCAUCCAAUUAUCAUUAAUUGUGUCCAUCGAUUGGACAAAUACUUGGAGACAAAGGCUAUAAAUGGGAGUGAAUUUGAUUUGAGGCAAACGAUGGGUAACCUAACGAUGGAUGUGAUCGCCGCCUCAGCUUUUGGCACACAAAUAGACACUCAUAACGACCAUAAAACCAAUGAGUUUGUCAAGAAUGCCGACUCAAUCAUCAAGGGCAAUUGGCGAGUGUGGCUCGUAUUCCCAUUAAUGUCCAUUUUCCCAACACUGGCCGAACGGCUCGGACUCUCAAUCUUUAGUCCAUCGGUGCGACAAUUUUUCAAGUCAGCCAUUUCUACAAUAAUCGCCAGACGUAGAGCCGAACCCAACGCAUGUAAACACAGGGAUUAUCUGCAGCUUAUGAUUAACGCCCAGAAUAAGAGUGCAGACAAUAGCGCCGAUAACGAGACCGAUAUCCAUGACCUGACGGAACAAGUGUUCGGAAAAACCGAGACAUUUAAUGACCAGAAUGCGGCUAAUGUGGUCAUCACUGACGACGAUAUGUUGGCCAACAGUUUGCUGUUUCUGAUCGCCGGCAAUGAGACGACAGCCACUCUAUUGUCGUUUCUGUUGUACGAGUUUUUGCUGUUUCUGAUCGCCGGCAAUGAGACGACAGCCACUCUAUUGUCGUUUCUGUUGUACGAGUUGUCCGUCAAUGAGAACUGUCAGCAACGGCUAUACGAAGAGAUUCGCGGUUUUGCCGGCGACUAUAGCUACGAGUCGAUCGCACGGAUGCCGUAUUUGGAGGCCUGUGUGGCCGAAACGCUCAGGCAUUACCCGCCCAAUCCGGCCGUCACCAGAAUAUGCACCGAACAAUAUGUACUAGGCGAUACCGGGUUAACAAUACCAAAGGGAAUGACAGUCAAUUUUGACGUGUAUGGCAUACAUCACAGCCCCGAGUAUUACCCGAACCCCGAGCGUUGGGAUCCCGAAAGGUUCCUGCCCUCAAAUCGUGAUCAAUUAGUGCCCUAUACUUACAUGCCUUUCGGUUUGGGUCCACGAAAUUGUGUGGGAAUGAGGUUUGCGUUAAUGCAGGCGAAGACUACUGUCGCGCAUCUCAUCGAUAAAUAUCGCUUCAAACGUACGGCUAAUACACGAUAUCCGCCGACAUUCGAGAUGUUUGAGUUUGUGUUAACAUCUGAUGACAUCAAUAUAGGCAUUGAAUUGAGAUGAGCUAAUGCAAAUAACUUGC